AGAUUUUCUUUGCCACCAUACCAUACCAUACCAUUCUAUUCUCUCAAUCUGCUCUUUUCUACCUUUUUCCUUCCCAAACUUCCAUACCCCAUCUUCUCUCUCUCUUUCUCUCUAUCUCUAUCUGAUUUUCUCUCUCUACAAAAGUGACGCGAUGACUGGGGAGGACUGGGUGGAGGCAGCGAUGGAGGAUGACUCCAUGGUGGUGGAGAUGCUGUUGGGGCUGAGCCAGACGGCGAAGAACAAGGCGGCUUCGACGCUGGCGUGGAGGGUGCGACAGCGGCGUUCGAAGCCGGUAACGGUUAGCGCCAAAAAGCCGGCGGAGAGAGCUAGUCCUAACACGCCGCUGUCCUGGAGUGGCGGCACUUCCGGAAGCGGCGGUGUCGGCGGCGCCGUCGACGGUGGUCCCGAGGAGGAGUCCAGCCGCCCGCCGUCUGGUUCGAAACCGGCUCGUAACGCGAGAUCUAAGGUUAAUGAGACAAAUGAAAAAACUACAACCAAAAAGUCAAGAAAGAAAAAGACAUUGGCCGAGCUCAAACAGGAGGAGGUCAUGCUACUAAAGGAAAGAAGAAAAUUGAAGAAGGAAUUAGCAAAGAUACGUGUGAAUUUGGAGACACAGAAGGCUACAAAUGAAAAUCUGAAGAGAGUGAAGGUUGAUUUGGUACCUGAACAACAACCACAAAGUGGGGAAAGUAUUGUGACAGCUGCUUCCAAUGAGGUCCAGGAGACAGGCGAGGGCGGGGAGGAUAGAGUCGAGCUUCCAGAUCUAAAUCUUCCCUUGGAGGACGAUGAUGAGAUGCUACUGAGCUAGCUAGGAUUAGAUUCGCGAAUGAAGCAGCAGGAUGGAUAAUAUAUAAAGCAGUAGCAGCAGGAGCACCAGCACCAUUCAAUAGUCAGUCAUAAUAGGCUAAUAAGCAAGCUCUAACCAACCAUGUUGUAGGACCCGGACAGAUGGAUUAUUGUAAGAGUUGUAAUUGUAAUUAAAUACCUGCCUUCAGUUUCCAUAGAGAGAGAACAUGGAAUUGGGGUUUUUCUAGUCAUGAAGAAGGUGACAAGGGUAUUUAGGUUCUUCUUUCAUUUUUACUCAUCAAAUUUGCGGAUCUAUCAUAGCAUAGCUUAGAACAGAUCCUAACUGUACUGAUUAGAUGCAGCAGCAGGGGAGGAGGGGAGGUGCUAACAUUCUUUUUUCAAAUUCUUUGGGGGAAAGAACUACUGCCCUUGUUCCUAAA